AUGGAACAAAAUCGAAGCGUCCUAAACUGGAUGAACCAAAAGGACUUAGUUGUUAACAUUUCUAGCGGUGAAAACUCUACUCUAGUAUCUUUCCAUUCAAGCGACUUGUCCAUAGAAAAAGUCUUCAAAACCCUGGCUUACAGCAUGGUUGUGGUCUUUUCUGUGAUCGGUAAUUCUCUGACUAUCGCUGCGUUUAAGCUCAAUACCUACGGCAAACUUCGCACUGUCAACAACGUGUUUAUUGUCAGUAUGGCUGCCGCGGACCUACUUAUAACAUUAGGGAGCAUCCCCGAAAGGAUCACGAGAAUAUUGGUUAGUGAACAGUGGAUUAUUCAAGGAAACGCUGGGAUAUUUUUCUGCAAAAUGACCAACUAUGUUGAGAAGCUUUGCAUGAACGUGGCCAUUCUUCAUCUUGCAAUGAUUGCUACAGAUCGUUUUCUUGUGGUGUUUUAUCCUCGCAGAAAACUUAUCACAAGCCAAAGAGCUCUUCGAAUGAUUAUCAUCACUUGGUUUGCGUCAGCUGGUUACUGUGUACCCUUGUUUUACUACGCCAACCUAUUGGAGAAAAACGAGAAACUCUUUUGCAAAACGCGAACCUUUUUCCACAACUGGCGGGUUUGGUAUCUGCUUUUCCUGUCAUUACUUGUUUUAACCCUGCUUGUGGUGGUGGUGUUAUAUGCCGCAAUUGCCAUCCGACUUUACAGGCGAAAAACACCCGGUGUACGCCUGUCCUUCAGAAGUCGCAGAGGUGCAAGAUUAAACAAACGUGUUCUCAAAAUGGUCGCUUUGAUCGUAUUUACAUUUUACUGCUGUUUUCUACCAUAUUGGAUCGGCUGGGUGUUUUGUUCUUAUUACUACAACGACACUAUCUGCAGUGACACAUACGUGUUUGUGGCCAUCUUCCUCAUUUAUGGGAACAGCGCGGUAAAUCCAAUUAUUUACUCGAGCCUCAAUCACAAUUUUCGCGACUCAUUUAGGUUUAUUUUCAAAAAGCUUUUUAAAUGCUGUUUGCCCCGUAGAGAAACGAUAUUUCUCAGUACCGAAUGCCACGAAAAAUACAUCGCUAGAAAAGGUUCAGUACAGUGUCUGGAUGGGAAUGGAAUCGCAAUUCAAGGUAAGACCAUCAAGCAAAUGGGGUCGUGGAUAUAUCAACAGGGGGCACAAGUUAGUGCCCAAGAAAGCACCUUCACACUAACUUGGUAG